ACAUACCCAAUUAAAGAUGGAUAAACGAGUUGUGCUAGCAGUUUUUCUUCUAGCAAUACGUGUAAAUGGAAGAUAUGUGUAUCGGGGUGUUAAAUUAUUCGAAUGUGAAUCGUACGAUAGACAAAAUUGUGAUCAAAUUUACCCGGGUGAAAAACACUUUCUCAUACAGACUGGAACCAAAGUGAUCUCAAAAGAUAUGUUUACAAAUAAAAGUGACCUUUUAAGUGUGAUUGGUACGCCUGCUGACAUAGAGGACGUUCAGCAAGGGUGUUUUACUGGCCUUAAAAAGUUGAGAAGGAUUUAUCUGGGCGGACAGCGUUUGCAAAACAUCCCCUAUGGUGUUUUUAAUGAUUUGCCUGUCGAGUACCUUUAUUUGGCGGGGAAUUUUUUGAGAACCAUCGAGACUGAUGCUUUUGAUAUGAAAAAUUUAGAGAGGAUGUAUCUGGAUAGAAAUUACUUGACUUAUUUUGACCCGAAUUGGUUUGCAGCGGGGGUGUUAAAAAGUUUAAAGUUCCUUCAUAUGCACCAUAAUAGAGUGAGAGCCAUUAAUCGCAAGGCGUUUUACAAAUUUCCCCAACUUCUAGUGAUUGACUUUAGUUUUAACGAAGUGGAAUAUAUUUCCAACGAUAUAUUCAACCAUCAGGCUGAUAUCAAUCAUUUCUUGUUGAAACACAACAAAAUUAAAACUUUAGGCACGAACAUUUUGAAAACCGUUAACUACAUAGAUAAUUUAUCUUUAUCAUACAACUUUUUAAAAUCUAUAAGCUGUGAGUUUAUAGACAAAACCAUAAUAAAUAAAAUUGAAAUACACCCCAAUCAGUGGGUUUGUUCAUGUUUAAAAAAAUUUGAACAGAAACUUCAAGAAAAAAACAUUGAACCUCAUGGGGGUGAAGAUCAAUCUUUGCUUUGCUACGAUACAGAAAAGAAAUGUGAAGAAAGUGAAAAAUCGAUGAAUAUGGACUUUGAAAUAUCCAUGAACAAUACAUAUGAAAAUUUGGAAAAACACUGUCAAAACAACAAGGAUUCCGAAGAAGGACAUUUGUGUCGUUCUGAUUUUUGUUGGCCGUUAUUGUUAAGGUCAUAUGUGCAUAAAACUGAUGAAAAUUAUUUCUUUUGUAUUUACUAUUAGCUCUUCUUGAUAAAUUUAUAAAAUCAAUUAAAUCAUUUUAUUUCUCACUGACUGGGUCCCUAAAUGGCUUACUGUUUACCGGACUUCCUGGUCAGUUUAAUUAUCAGUAAUAGUUAUUUAUGUCAUAAGGCUGAGAAGUGAGCCUUAUGACAUGAGCUGGGCUCAAAGUUUGAAUACCGUAGCAAAGCACAAAAAGACAGGUCUAAACCGCAUGGCAUACAACAUUUUAUUUGCAAGGCAUAAUUUAAUUGUUAAACAAUCCAUAAAAUAUACAAUUAUAAAAUAAGGUGACCAACUGUGUAAAGGGGAAAACCAGAACAGUGGUGGCCUGUACGAAAUUUUUUUUAGAAAAAAGGUGUUGCUCUAUUUUUGCUUGUUUUUUGUGCAACUACCUGUGUUAGGUUAUUAUUAUUUACUUUCAAUUGAGUUAAAAAAACACAAAUUUCAUAAUAGUUAUUUUAUAUAUGGGUCGUUCCACGCCCUAUCGGCCACUUUUGAACCUGACCCUUUCGAUUUGGCUGAAAUUAUGGUAUAUUUUUUCACCCCACAAAAAUUUUUUUUAGAAUGUUUUAGUUUUUUUCACCCGACCAAAAACAAGUUAAACAUUUUUCAAAAAAAUGUAUUUUUUCUAAAAAGUUCAUUAAAAACCAAAA